AUGGAGAAUUUCGACCACCGUCGCUCCAGCUGGAGUUCGGAGACAGGUGACCCGACGAUCAAGCGGCCUUCCAACCGUCGUCGUGUCAGCCUUGGCAAUCUCAAGCUGGAGUUUGGUGGGGAUGAUGACGAUGGAGACGACAAAUAUACACCUCCUCGCCGGAAGAGCUUUGACCGCCGGAAGAGUGCCACCACCAUCUCCUACCACGUCAGCCACGUUCAACAGCGCCAAAAAUUCAUUCUGAAGCUGUCCAAAGCGCUCAUGAUGUUUGGCGCUCCGUCGCAUCGAAUCGAGUCGCAGCUCAAUGCCACCGCAGCAGUCCUGGAAGUCGAUGCACAAUUUGUCCACUUCCCCGGUAUUGUCAUUGCUUCCUUUGGGGACAUCGAUAAACACUCGUCCGAGACCCACUUCGUCAAGAGCAGCAGCUCCUUGGUGCUCGGGCAGCUGCACGAGGUUCACACCAUUUACCGCCGCGUCGUGCACGACGAAUGCAGUGUCGACGAAGGUACAGCCGAGCUCACCAAGCUGAUCAAACAGAAACCAAUUUACGGCGUGUGGACGCGCAUCUUGAUCGCUGGCGGUUUGUGCUGCGUCAUUGCGCCUCUGUCGUUCGGCGGCAGCUUUGUCGAUGCCUGGGCGUCGGCGUGCUUCGGGAUUCUGUUGAUGUUCCUGCAGCUUCGUGUUGCCAAGAACAACGCGAUGUACUCAAACAUCUUCGAAAUCUCGGUCGCCAUUCUCAUCUCAUUCGUCAGCCGCGGCUUGAGCACCACCAAUAUCUUCUGCUAUCAGGCUAUUGCGUCUAGUGGUGUUGUCCUCGUGCUUCCGGGCUACAUCAUCUUGUGCGGCUCUCUUGAGCUAGCCAGCAAAAAUAUGAUCGCCGGUUCGGUCCGUAUGGUCUAUGCAAUCAUCUACUCUCUCUUCCUCGGCUUUGGCAUCGCCAUUGGCUCCGACCUCUACUUCUUGCUAGACCCGGCGGCGCGCAAAUCGAUGUACGUGCCACUCACUUCGUCCACUGAAGUGUCCGGCUCUUUCACUCUCGCGAAUGAGACUAUGCCGAUGUGGAAUGGCACCUUCUCAUUCACAAACGGGACAGGAGGGAGCGGCAAUUCGCUCAAACUUGGCAAUAUCAACUGCGAGCGUGACUUGGGCGACCCCUGGUGGAAGUCAAACGUCAGCGCAUGGUUCAACUUCCUCUUCGUCCCGCUCUUCUCGUUGCUACUGUGCAUGCACAACCAGCAGCCAUGGAAGAGCAAGGAGCUUCCAGUCAUGAUCAUCAUCGCUUGCAUCGGCUUCGCCUGCAACUUGCUCGCGAAUCACUUCAUCUUUAGCCGCUCGGAUGUCGUCUCCGCCAUUGGUUCCUUCAUUAUCGGUAUCCUUGGCAAUGCAUACUCGAGGAUCUUCCGCGGGACCGCCUUCACUGCAAUGGCUGUCGCCGUCCUGUUCCUGGUGCCCUCAGGCAUGAGUAUGGCCGGUGGUCUAGCCAUGACGUACAAAGGCUCAGACGGUGAUCUCUACUCCAACGGUCUCUCCAUUGGUUUUAGGAUGGUCAGCGUCGCAAUCGGCAUCACGGUUGGUCUCUUUGGAAGUGGCCUUGUCGUCUAUUCGUUCGGCCGCAAGAAGGGUGCAGCUUUGUUUGCGUUCUAA